CUUGAUGAUACGACACCAAGCUGUUCUGAGAGUGCAUACAGUAAGGCAAAGAAGAGAGAGCUUCAUGCCUGGGAUGCAGUCAAGGAUGACAUGCUUAAGGUGUCGUUUGAAUGUUCAGCACCAAUCACUACCCAGUGUGUUGUCUGCCAAGAACAUGGUGAUUAUAGGUGCAUUGAGUGCAGCACCACUGCAGUGUUUUGUGAGGUUUGCCUGAAGAGGACUCAUAGAAAUUCACUGCAUCUUCCUGAAAAGUGGAAUAAUGUCUACUAUGAGCCAUCCUCCCUGGGGUUAUUCCUGUUUUUACCUGAAGGCCAUGACACCCAUGCUGUGUACACAAAGGUCAUGAAGGUCAUUGUCAGCACAGGACGGCUCUGCACCGUGACAGUCAACAUGUGUGCGUGUGAACCAGAAACCUGCACUUUGCUAAGGUAUGGGCUUUGGCCAGCAACAGCCGAAAAGCCCCAGACAGCCUUCUCCAUCCCUCUGCUGGAGCUUUUUGUGUGUCUGUCACUGGAGUGUCAGGUUUCUGUGGAGGGAUUUUGCAACACCCUGCGCUGGAAAAAUAACCUCACACUUGCAGAGGUUAACACACUCUACAGAGCCCUGGUGGGAGAAUCCAUAUCCCAUUUUAGGCAUCACCACUUCCGACAAAGAAGUUUGGUCGAUAUUUGCCCACAAUUAGAUGAUGGAACCAUAUGCCCAGCAUGUCCAAAGGCGGAUGGAGAUAUGAUUGUCACAUUGGAUGCCAACUUUGGCCUUGUGAGGAAGCAAAGCUCAGGUACAAGUGUGGUUGAGCCAUUACAUGGAACCCGCAUGUUUGUUGAUGAAAAGGAUGUAGAGGAAUACCUGCUAUCACAUCUUGACAGCUCAAAACCUCACGAGGACUGCAGUAACUUCAAGGCUGGCAAUGUGCUGAGGUCACAAAAACAAGCAAAGAAGCUUGAUGUUACAGGAGUGUUUGGAGCCUCUUGUCGUCAUGAAAUGCCCCUAAUGUUUGUCAACAUGAGCCAAGGAGAACGGCAAGUCUAUGCCACAAUCAAGUACAGCACUAGGCGGCUUGAAGGGUUUGGGCUCACAGACGGGGAAGGAAUGGAAAGGCUGUGGUCAUUUCUCCGAAGAUUUGCCAGAGUCACAAAGGAGAUGACUCCAUCUCACCGCCUAGACCUGUUGACUGAUGCCCUUUUGCAUUAUGGACGGAGAAAAUCAACUGACCUAGAGAUGCAGCUCCUGCAAAGACUAGACAAAGCAGAGAAAAUAUCGAUUCUCGCUCAAGAAGACAUCUCAUCUGUCAUCAGAGAGGCACCAGUGUUGGUUUCUGAAGAAGACAUGGAGAAAUGGAAAAAAAGGGAGAUGGAGCUAGCCCAACAGAAACAGAAACCAAUAAACACUGUCUGUAAAUGGAAAAGGGACUACAUUAUCAAACUGAUUCAGUUCUACAAGUUCAAAUCUGGGACUAGUGAGUCGUACAUGGAGUGUGAAACAGAAAUUGAGGACUCUUUGCUGACCAUGGAAAAAAAACACCGGAUUGGGAGAAGAUGGCAAGAAUCUGAUUCAGACUUCCAGGCUACCCUUAAAGAUGUUGACUGUGAGCUCAGAGGCCAACUAAUCUGCAAGGCUAGAACUGAAUCAAGGGAGAGAGCUGUCCUCCUCCAUCUGAAGAAAAGAUAUCCAGAUGGGCAGGGCAUUGCCAUUAGACUGUCCAAGCAGGUAGCCAGCUCCAACAAGAGAAUGAGACAGGCAAUAAAAGAAUACAACAGCAUUCAGUGGCCACCGCAGAUGAGCAUCUUCCCUGCAGCAAUUGAUUUUCAGGAAGCAUGCGAUCCCUCUUGGCACGUCUACUUCUGCUUUGAUGACACCAUUGAAGAAGAUAAUGUUUCGAAGAGUCUAAAAAGGCGAGGGAUUGAUGCCUUACAUAUGAAGACUCGAGCAGCUGAGGAAAAGUGCAUGAUAUACCAGGAAAUGAGAACUGUAACAAAAUACCUCCAUGCGCAGCAUGCCUUUCUGUGCUCUGCCAUCAAAGACACAGAUCAGCCUGGUGCAAAAGCUGCUCUCACCCAACGUCUCCAACAGCUGGAAAGAAAACGACAUCAAGCCACUGUGAUGUUUCACCCACAUGUACCAGACAUUGUUCCUGUAGACAACCCUUACUUGUGUCAGACCCACCCCAUGUCAAACAUAGAGACACUGGUAUACAAUGAUGAGGAUGACACUGAGGAUGAUGAUGAUGAUGAUAACUAG